AUGAUAUAUCGCUUGAGAACAACAUUGGUGUUGUUUUGUCUUGCCCUUGCUCAAGUUGUGCUUGCCAACAAGGCCAAGUUCGACGAAGAGCUCGUUCCUCAAGUAUGCGCUGGAAUGUACUCCAAGCAUGACUGGGGUGGGGCAUACAGACCUCACAUUGGAAUCCUGGUAACUGACUACGCCGGUGAACAUUACAAGCCUGGGGAUGAAGUUUCCACUACACCCUUCAGUCUGCCAAUUAGUUAUGUGAUUUUCGAAAUCAAAGACUUGAAAAAUAUCGGGUACGAAUUGGAUAAUGGCCAGACCAAGUACAUCUGCGAUGAUUAUGCCAUCAAAACGUUAAAGGCCUGUAAUGAGACCCAAAAGGGGAAGUUUAUAAUAAAUGGGGAGUACCCAACCAAUACCACCAUCUUGACGUCGCAAUUGACCCAUUUGGGAGCAGCACACAUAAAUUACACCAUCGUUAAGACAGGGUACUACUGUGUGUCUACAUUCAUAGCUUCCGACAAGAAAUAUCAAGGGGUCAUCAACUUCCAAAAUGCGUUUGGUUUCUUGAGUGCUAGUGAAAUACCAAAGCUCCCUGCCUACGGGAUCUUGUGUAUCUGUUAUCUUGUAGCUUUGGCCUUGUACGGAUUUCAAUUCUUCAAGAAGAGAAAUAAGAAUCAGAUCUUGCCCUUACAGCGUUAUCUUUUGGCUAUGUUGGGAUUACUCACGUUUGACACUUUGGUGGUUUGGUCAUACUAUGAUUUGGUGAACAGAACUUCGAACCCAUCGUCUAAAUUUGUCACUGCUUAUAUGAUUUUCUUGAGUAUCUUGAACUCUACUAAGAUCACCUUCUCGUUCUUCCUUUUGCUUUGUAUAUCCUUGGGAUACGGGGUUGUGGUAUUGAAAUUGAAGAAGUCCGUCAUGCUUAAGUGUAAGAUCUUGGCCGGUGUACACUUUUUAGCUUGUUGCUGUUACCUUAUCUCAACUUACUUGACUGGAUCGGCCACUGCUACUUCUUCCGCUGAGCCUAAGCAUUCGAACUUUGGAAGCUUGCUUUUCUUGCUCCCAAUGAUCCCAAUUACAAUCACAUUGACUGUUUACUAUUUGGCAGUUCUUAUCUCGAUUAAGCAGACGACAGCAAAGCUUCACGCUCAACGUCAAAUUAUAAAAUUAAAAUUGUACGAAAACUUGUUUAGAAUCAUUUUCGGAUCUGUUGUUGUAACCAUGUUUGGCUUAGCGUUCUCGUCUUUUGUAUAUAUGAGUAUGUCUAGCGGUCAGUCCAUUGAGCAAUACUGGAAGGCUGCUUACUUCCUUUACGAGUUUUGGCCAAGUAUCAUAUUCUUCAUAGUCUUUAUGGGGGUUGGAUGGCUCUGGAGGCCCACAGAAACAAGUUACAUGUUGGCAAUCUCGCAGCAAUUGUCCAAUCAAGGGGGUGACGAAGAAGAGGACUUGGAGGGUAAUGGAUAUCACCAGCAUGGAACGGAAUUUGAGUUGGAUGAUUUGUCGUUGUUAAGUCACAGCGACACAGAAAAUGAGCCUAGGCGUGAUGUUGAUUUAGACGAUUCUUUUGAGCUUGAGCGUGAACCUACAGCUUCAACCGCAGCUGCUCCCGUUCCUCCUUCUUAUGAAGAACUAGAUUCUAAGAAGAAGAAGAAAUCAGAAGAUGAAGAGGGUGACGACGGGAACACUCUCUUUGAAUUGGGUGAGGAAAGUGAUGGUGAAGAAGAGGGCAAUAAUAAGCAUGAUGAUAGAUUAAACUAA